AUGUCCACCACCACCACCACCAAAACCGCCCAAGCCUUCCACGGCACUCUAAUUCACAGCAAAGAUCCCCUGACCCUCGAAAUCCUCCCCAACACCCUCCUCAUCAUCUCCGCAACAGGCCAAAUCCAAUCCCUGCACCCCUCCACCAACCCACCCGACAUCGCAGCCCUUCUCACCCAAGCAAACCACAACCCCGACACCACCCCAGUCACCACCCUCGCAGCCACCGAAUUCCUCAUCCCGGGCUUCAUCGACACCCACACGCACGCCCCGCAAUGGUCCCAACGCGGCCUCGGCCGCGGCAUCCCUCUUCUCACCUGGCUAGAGCAGAUCACCUUCGCGCACGAAUCCAAACUGGCCGACCCCGUGUACGCCAAACAGCUGUACCGCGCCGCCGUGCAGGGGAGUCUCAAGCAAGGCAUCACAACGGCCUGCUACUACGGCAGCCGGCACAAGGACGCGUCAGUGAUCCUGGCCGAAACAUGUCUCGCCAUUGGCCAGCGCGCGCUGAUCGGGAAAUGCAACAUGAACCGCCACGCACCGGACUGGUACGUCGACGCGUCCGUUGACGAGUCCGUCUCCGACACCGUCGAGUUCAUCGCCAAAGUGAAGGAGCUCGACGGCGCCACGGGGCUCGUGACACCAGUCAUCACGCCGCGGUUCGCAAUCACCUGCGACGAACAUCUCCUGGGCGAAUUGGGGACCAUCGUGAAACAGAACCCGGGCAUCCCCGUGCAAACGCACUUCAACGAGUCCCACGGCGAAGUCAACUUCACCCGCGACCUCUUCCCACAGUUCAAGAACGAAACGGAACUGUAUGACAGCUACGGCCUCCUCACCAACCGCACCAUCCUUGCGCACGCCAUCUACCCCCAGCCCGAGGAGCUGCCCCGUCUCAAGGAGCUGGGCUGCGGCGUCGCGCACUGCCCCAUCCCCAACACGACCAUGGAUGAGUUCAUGAUCGCGCCGGUGCGUGAGUAUCUCUCGCGCGGGAUCAAGGUCGGCCUGGGCACGGAUUGCGGGGGUGGGUACUCGUCGUCGAUGCUUGAUGUGAUGCGCGCGGCGUUUAUGGUGUCGGUUGCGAAGCAGACGGAGACCGGGGGCCGGGAUGCGCCGUUGAGUAUCGCCGAGAGCUUUUAUCUGGCGACGCUUGGGGGCGCUAGGGUUGCUGGGUUGGAGGAUCGGGUGGGGCGGUUUGCGUCCGGGUUGGAGUUUGAUGCGUGUCUGGUCAGGACGGGCGUCGCUGAGGGGAUUAUGGCGCCGGUUGAGGAGGCGGAUGGCCUCGAGGGUGGUUUUGAGAAGUUUCUUAUGACGGGGGAUGAUCGAAAUAUUGUUAGGGUUUGGGUGCAGGGGAGGGAGGUGAAGGUGUCUGUUUAG